CCAAACCAGGUCCACCUCAAGGAAAACAAUCACUUCAUUGCUCCACUUGAACUUGCUACCAACUCCAAACCAGGUCCACCUCAAGGAAAACAAUCACUUCAUUGCUCCACUUGAACUUGCUACCAACUCCAAACCAGGUCCACCUCAAGGAAAACAAUCACUUCAUUGCAUAAGCCCAAGGAACAAUGAAGAAGAAAUCCUUAUUUCCUAUGAUGGUACUACUUUCCCUGGCAAUUGCAACCACUGCUGAGGAUUUCGAUUUCUUCUACUUUGUUCAGCAGUGGCCAGGUUCCUACUGUGACACCAAGAAAAGUUGUUGCUACCCAUCCACUGGAAAACCAGCUGCAGAUUUUGGCAUCCAUGGGCUCUGGCCUAAUUACAACGAUGGCGCUUACCCAUCUAGUUGUGAUCCUCGAAACUCGUUUGAUUCCUCGAAGAUUAAGGACCUGAUAGGCAGAAUGAGAGCAGACUGGCCAACCUUGGCAUGUCCAAGUGGUGAUGGCUCCAAGUUUUGGGCGCAUGAAUGGGAGAAGCACGGCACCUGCUCCGAAUCCAUUCUCGAUCAACACUCAUACUUCGAAGCAGCUCUCAACCUCAAGAAGCAAGCGAACCUCCUUCAAAUCCUACAAGAUGCAGGAAUCGUACCAGAUGGUGGGUACUACAAGUUGAAUAACAUCAGCAAAGCAAUCCGAGAAGCAAUUGGUUUUACUCCAGGUAUCGAGUGUAAUGUGGACGAAUCGGGUAAUAGGCAAUUAUACCAGAUUUACAUGUGUGUGGAUACCUCAGGGACAGAGCUCAUUGAUUGCCCAGUAUAUCCAAAAAGCAAGUGUUCUUCACGAGUUGAGUUCCCUACCUUCUAGAGGUAGUCUUAAGCAUUUGCCUCUGGUCUUCAUGUCACAUUCCAUGCAUCCAGUAAUAAAGAGUUAUAGUUGCCUGUUCCAAUGAACAUAAUGGAUAUAUCCAAACUAUUGGUGCAACCAAGAUAGACUUUCUCGUGAUUAUAUUUUACCAAUGGAGGGCAUGCCAAUGUAUUACGACAUAUAAUUCAGGAAUUUGUUUGUUUAGUAGGUGGCGAGAAGUGAGGGUGGAUUAACUUAUA